UCAAAACUUAUCAAAACACUUCACACUUUGGCGCUGAGAUAAUAAUACGAAUAACCGCAGAUCUUCAAUAGCCGCAAUUUAGUUUUUUAUUGUCAAACUGCUAUCAGGCUAUAUCGCACACGGGUAAUAAUCAUUAAUGAGGGUAACUCAUCUCAGAAACCACCAACACCAAUAGAAGCAAGAUCACCGAUUAUUUCCUCUGUUGGAUGUGAACCACUGAGUCCAUUGUUUUGAACCAUAUUGCUCCUGAAUUACCUCGUCAAGAUGUUGAAGUCAGCGUCUUGUUAGAGCACCGCAGUUGCAAUUGUUCCGAGGUUUCGCUAUCAGCAUCACAAAAGCGACAAAUAACAUUUUGUACGAAACCUUUGUUUCAAGGAUGGUAUUUACUUUGAGAGUGUCCCGUUAUAAGUCCAGUAAAUGUGCUGAGAUCUUUCUUAUUACGACUCGACAAUUGUACAGUUAUUUUAAUACUCGGCCUGAUCUCGGCCAUCACUCCACAGUUUUCCCACGUCUUCAGCUUAUUCUUCAACACACUGUCAGAAAUUCCACAGAAUGAUCCUGGACCAGUGAAGGAUGAGCUUGAGCCACAUCUGGCAAGUUCAUUUCCCUCUAUACUGCAGUGGCCGAGAAUCCAGUACUUAUCUGACUUAGUUGUCGUUAAAGGCAAAUGCAUUCCCAGACAAUUGUUGAUGAGCACUUGAAAGCUUUAAGAUCUUCAAGUGCCGCUUGACUGUCUGAGAAGAUGCAGAUGUGAGCAUGUCUAUAUUUUGUUUUGAGGCUGUUUUUGUUUUUGCUGUUUUUUGUUCAUUUUUGAGGAAGUAAUAAUUGUUGUUUUUGAAGGAUUUAUCCUCAGACCAUCUGUGAUAUACCAUGAUUGUGUAAGUGUGUGUCCCACGCAAAACCCACGAUUUCGAAACCUUUUGCCUCCAAGUUCCCCAGAAGGUCCUCAACCAGUCACAGAACCCCUCCUCGUGAGCAUGCCUUUGAUCCAUUCAACUAUACUAUACAGUCAUCGAAAUGUCUUCUUCUCAUAGCCUGUGUCAAUGGCAGAUAAGAAGCAUUAUCGAAAACACUUUCGAUGUCAAGAACGCACAUAAUGCGUUUUUUUUUUGACGGAAGAGAUUCUUAAAAUUUUUAUCACAAGCGUGUGAAGCGCUGUGACUGUCGGUUUGCCUGAUUGGUAGGCGAACAGGUAUUUAGAUAAAGGACAAUUCUACCGUUCUUCGCAUAGUUUUCCUAUUUUCCAAAAUCAGCAACUGAGAAAAACACGAUCAAAGUUUUUCAUCAUAUUUGUCUUCCAGAAGCUUUAAACAUUACAAUUUAGCAAUACAACGGGUUUUGAAUAGGGUUGGGUAAAAAGAAAUGUCGUAUUUCUGAUCGAAAUUCGACGCUUUAUUAAACAUACUUAAAAUUAUCCAAUUUAAGUCAAAUAUGCGCCGUUUUGUUCGCAAACUUGUUGCCAUUUAGAAGCCAACUUCAUUAUCCCUUUCUUAUAAAACCCCCCUCCUUAUCUGCAAAAAAAAACUCAGACAGCCAGUUUUCGCAAGCCUCUUUUGAGGCCAACUUAGUACCACCAAGAGCGUUUUGCAUGGACCGGAAGAGAUGAUAAUCACUUGGAGCCAGGUCAGGACUAUACGGUGGGUGCAAUAGGACAUCCCAUUCGAGCUCCCGUAGCUUCUGGCGGGUCAUCAAAGAUAUGUGACGCCGAGCGUUGUCCUGGUGGAAAACAACACCAUUCCUAUUGAUCAUUUCUGGCCGCUUGUGGUCAAUCGCCUGCUUCGAACGGUUAAGCUGCUCACAGUAGAAAACCGAAUUGAGGGUCUGGUCAUAGUUGAGCAGCUCAUAGUGGAUGAUUCCCUUCCAAUCCCACCAAACACACAGCAAAACCAUCCUGGCCGUCAAUCCGGGUUUGGCGAUGGUUUGGGUCGGUUCACCGCGCUUCGACCACGACUUUUUCCGCUUUAGGUUGUCGUACGUGAUCCACUUUUCAUCACCAGUCACCAUCUUCUUCAAAAAUUGGACAAGUUCGUUCCGUUUCAGCAGUGCAUCGCAGGCGUUGAUUCGAUCUAAAAAAAAUUUUUUGCAUCAACUCGUGUGGCACCCAUACAUCCAGCUUUUUUUGGAAUCCAAUCUUCUGCAAAUGGUUCCAAACGGUUUUUUAUACCCAGUUCCUGGACAAUCGAGCGAAUGCUCACAUGCCGGUCUACUUGGAUGAUUUCAACGAUUUUAUCGGUUCCACGACGAUUGGCCUACCAGUACGGGGUGUAUCUUCGACAGCCACUACACCAGAGCGAAAUCGAUCAAACCAAUUUGGUCGCCCUGAAAUGUUUUUUUUAUUGUAGAAUCAUUUGACGAUAAUUUUUUGUUUGAUUCAUUCGUGUGGUCGCAGAACAAAACAUGCUCGAGAUAAGCGCAGCUGUCAUCCUUAGUGGAGGAAGUUUUGCUACUGGCAACCGAAACCAAAUCACAUACAAAAUUCCAGAACGACAUUUACUUUGUUGGUGAUUAAAUAAUCGAAAUAAACUCUAUCUGCACGCGAACCCAAAUAAAUUAAUGACUUUGUAUAACUUAUUGAAUAACUUGGUAUUCUCCAAAUAAUUUUUUGGUGCACAACCUUAACACCAGCUUCACCAUAGUGUCAGUUCAAUGCAUUGAUGCAACGUCAAAGACACAAAAAAAUAAUGUUAACUGCUUGGAAAAAGACUGAAUAUUUGCCUCAGCAGAGAUUUAUUACUAAUACUCUAGCGUAAAUAAUUCCCUCCCGCUAUCUCCCCCCCCUUCUUUAUAUUUAUCAUUACAAAUGAGGUUUCAGCGUUGCGAAGAUGCACUAUUUUUACGUAUGAGUUAUGAAGCACGCACGUUCGCACACAAAUAUCCAUAUAUCGAUGGCUUGAACUAAAUAUACACACACUUAUCUCUGUUUUGCGCUCUACUCAACAGAAGCCCUUUCUGUUAAUAUUGCCAGUCUAAAUUAGCUUAGCUCUCAUCCUUCGUGGAAAGAGUUUUCCUACCGUCAUGCGAAACCAAAUCACUCAUUUAUUUUCUUGGUGAGCUGACGAUAGCCUAGCUUGAUGAUUCCCCACACAAUUGUGUAGCUCAGAACAUUAAUGUAAUGGCGUCAGUUUGAUGCAAUGAUUGCAAUACCAGAGACAUCAGCGAGUGAGUAAUUUGGUCGCAUCCACAGCUCAAUCCGAAACGAAGACAUGUGAUGUCGCAAAACAAGGAAGAACAAGCGGUAUUCAUUGUUCCGUAACGAUACUGAAAGUUUGCCUUUCCUUGUUGAAUAAAAUAGACUUUAAACUUAUUCAGUUCAUUCGUCUCUAGCCUUAAAAAAACUUGUAAAACUCUACUCUUCCCUCAUAUUACUUCUUCACUCCCAUUGCCUUGAGAAAACCAUUCGACUUCUCGCUGUCCAGCUCGCCCAGCAACGGUGUUGUGCAGUCGGUGUCCUCACGAAGAAUGAAGUUUACCUCAGCAAGAUGCACUGUUCAUACCUUUCGUUCUUCUUCUUUUCCUUCGUUCACGGAGAGAUUACAUCUUACGAUUUCCCCUUAGUUGCUCGUCGAUAAGUGGCUCGUUAUUGAAAGCUCUGUUCGGGAAAGCACACAAAUGGAUAGAACAAAUGUAUAAGAAAGACGUAACAUAGGACAAUGGACAAUGGACAACGGACUAUGAUGGACAAUGAUGAUAAACUAAUUGGUCUGAAUGAAUGAUUUAAUUAGAGAUGGAAUCAGCUUUGAUUCUCAUUUUUGAAUCAGGGCUGGGAAACUCCCAUCUGCACCUGCGGACAUCUUUGGUUGAAAGGAUCUCUCUGUGUUUCUACUGUGACCCUCGUGGAAACGAAGAAACGUCUAGUACGUCUGAGGGAGAUUUUGUGAACGAGCCGUCAUCCUUUUUAAUAAAACCUAGUCCGAUGGAGUGGUCUUUUGCAAGUGUUUUACUGAGUCUUACGACGAUUGGGAUCCUUUUAAUGCUUUCGCAGUUACCCAUGAUUUUCGUUUGGAUCGUUUUAAUUAUCUGCUGUAUUCGGUCAGGGCGCUCCAAUGUUGUUUGGAGAGAGAAAUUUCAAUAGACAUUCACCUCGACUUCCUCACACACUUUGUUGUGAGCGUUAGCACCACAGUUCGAGUACAGCAGGAUUAGAACUUUGUUUCUCGUCUAGUACAACAUUCAUUUUUUGAUGACUUUUUGAUACAGUCAACGUUGGUAGACCGCUACCUAACAUUUGAACAAUUAGUCGCCCAAUAUUCCCUAAAAGUUUGUCCACUCCUGCUAUAGAGGCUAACAUGCACAAUGAGAAUGAUUUGCUACUCCCAAGCGUCAUUCCGUGUGUUCUUUGUGAUAUUUGCUGCACAGUGCACAGUCUACCCAAGCUCAAGCCCAUUUUUUUUCUUUUCCAAACCUUUUUACUUGAAAAAAAUAAAUCUAAGGUCCCAAAUGUUGCUGAGAAAUAUACUUUAAAAUGUGUUUAGAUUCCAUUAUUAGCGAAUUUAGCAAAUAUUAUGCACACAGUUUUUUGAAACUAAAUAUAAACGAAAUAUAUUGCUUUUUAGACAAUUCAUAGUUAUUGAAUAUUUGAUCGAAUAUAUUAUUAUAUCUUGUUUAGACAGAGUACCAGAGAGUAAAAAAGGGUCAUUACUAAACUUUUCAUGAUCAAUUUCAAAUCCAACCGUGCUCUUUCAUUGACUGUACGAACUCUUUUCAAAAUCGCGCUAACCUAUUUGUCAUUGGAACAUAUUCUUUUCGAAAAUCAAGAAUUAUACUCGAAAAAACAUACUAAUCGAUUAGUUUUGAUUAGUAAAAUAAUGUUUCAAGCCACACAACCGGUUUGUUUUUUUUUUUUUUGUAUAGGUUGAGCGGAGGAAAUUCUACAGUUUAAAAUCCACAUCGACUGCAUACUGGAUAAAUGAUAUGAAUUCAUCAGCAAAUUGUUCAGUCAUAGUGAACCAAGCACACAUAGUCAAUCGUGAAACCCUCUUGACUGACCAUCUCGAAAUCAUAAUUAUGUUACUUAGUCUGGUCUGAAUGAAUACCGACCACUUGAGGCAUUCAGAGCAUAGGUCAACUAAGAUUUGUUUCAUACAUUUAAUGUGGUUCAGUUCAAAAAUUAUGAGAAAAUUGAAAUAAUGUAUCGGUUUUAUAACCAUGAACGGUGACGAAAUAACCAACCGGUAUGUUGUGAAACUCGAAUAGUCUUUUGCCCUCUGGCCCCUGGUUGGGUAAUAUUUCGGUUACGCUUGUUUGAGCACAUUAGAAUUUGCGCAGCUAUAGCUAAGUCGUACAUAUAAGUUGCUCUUCAGACUGUCAGUUCGACUGGUGAGUUUUUUUUCAGAAACAGGAAAAUGUCAUACAUUUGGAUGAAUAUAAUUAGGCUCGCGAUGAUUCUUGGUGGGACCUAUAUGGUUAUUAAAAGGAACGCUUACGGUCGAAGAAGUGUACAAAGAUCGCGACCAAUUCGCCGCGUUGGUUCGCGAAGUGGCGGCACCUGAUGUCGGCCGCAUGGGUAUCGAAAUUCUGUCCUUCACCAUCAAGGAUGUUUACGAUGAUGUGCAGUACUUACAAUCACUAGGAAAGGCACAGACUGCAAGCGUCAAACGGGAUGCUGAUGCGGGUGUUGCUGAGGCAAACAGAGAUGCCGGCAUACGGGAGGCGGAAUGUGAAAAAAGCGCUAUGGACGUUAAGUAUUCAACGGAUACGAAAAUCGAAGACAACGCUCGAAUGUAUAAACUUCAGAAGGCGAAUUUCGAUCAGGAGAUCAAUACUGCGAAAGCAGAAUCACAACUCGCAUAUGAGCUCCAGGCGGCUAAAAUUCGACAAAGAAUUCGUAACGAAGAAAUUCAGAUCGAGAUCGUGGAACGUCGCAAACAGAUCGAAAUCGAAACGCAAGAAGUAACGCGAAAAGAGUGCGAACUGUCGGGUACCGUAAAACUCCCAGCUGAGGCCGAGAGCUACCGAGUUCAAAUGAUUGCCGAGGGUAAACGGACCCAAACGGUGGAAAACGCAAGAGCUGACGCUGAUCGGAUUAAGAAAAUUGGAGCCGCCGAAGCAUUGGCUAUCGAGAUGGUUGGCAAAGCAGAAGCAGAACGGAUGCGGAUGAAGGCUAACGUGUACAAGCAAUACGGAGAUGCUGCCAUUAUGAAUAUUGUUCUCGAAUCACUGCCAAAGAUCGCGGCUGAGGUUGCUGCACCGUUGGCGAAAACCGAAGAAAUAGUACUAAUUGGAGGCAACGAUAGUACAACAGCGGACGUAGCGCGCCUCGUCGGUCAACUUCCACCAGCAAUCAAUGCUCUAACGGGAGUAGACUUGUCCAAGGUCUUAGGUAAAUUACCCGGCGCAAAGGUAUAAUAAAUGAAACAACAAUUGCAAGAAAUGGCCGUUGAGCAACAGAAAUAUUCGGAAAUCGUUAGGUCGCUAGAAAAACCGACGAUUGAAGUUAUCAAAUUCUAACGAACAGUAUAUCUCAUAUACUGUGAUUUGAUGCAAUGGGAAGUCUAAUUACUUCGGUAGGUUUAAAUGAAAUCGGAUCGUGCUUCACCUUUCACAACCACGAAAUAUACUCCAAUCUACAAGUACAUUGACAUAUCCGUCAUGGAAUCAAUAAUAAUAACGAAAUAAAACCAAUCAGUAACGAUACACUGCAAGCUACAGAAUAACAACAUAGCAUUAGAUUUAGUCUCAACGGUUCAUUUGAAAAAAAAAAAACAUGCUGUAUCGCAAAGCUUACAUCUUUCAACCAUUAUUAAGCGGUAAGCGUUCAACAAAAAAACAACUAUAUGGAGUAUGAAAAAUGGGGUGUAUUAAAAAUUAUAAAAUCAAUUUAUUAAACUAACCUAUUCAUCGGCUUGUGUGUGAGUCGGACGAUCAGGAACAAAAAACUUGAAGGGUCCAGGAGUAGGUCUGUUUUAUUCUUUUUUUUUUCGUUUCUCUCAAGAACACUAACAUACAAUUAUUUUUUCGAAUUGCAUUUUACUAGUAAGUAACAGAAGUCUGCUUACGAGAAAAAGACGCAUUGGAGGAAAUUACUAUAUUUAAACCAGAUUUGUUUCUUCCUGCAACAGUGCAUAACAAAUCAUCAUCGAGCUUCAUUUCCAAACGUUCGAAUAGAAAGCGUUAUGAAAUAUGCGAAAAUAAGAUAGAUCAUGUUUUCUCUGCGGCUUGCAUAAUCGCAGCCGACAGAUUAAUGAUAGCGUACUUUUAGUCGUAAUUGACUCUAGUUAUACAAUUAUAAACCUUCAACAGAGGAUGAUCUAUUCAGCAAGCAAGCACGUAUUAAAUUUUUCACUCACUCAUUAUCAUCCCAGUUAUAUGAGUUUUUUUCCGGAAGCAUAAUCACCAGAGGCGAAUGAACUGCAAAGUUUAAAGCCUCUUAAAAACAAAGAAAGAAGAAGAAGCAUAAUCAGUUCGUUUUUAAACCAUAACAAACGCAUUAUAUACCCCCAAGCGCCAUUUUAUCGUGAGCAGUUGUAACAAAAAUCGACUCAAUACUUCAACAUUAAACGAAAUAUUACUGCCACUACGGUAAAAGCUUAAGAAGUGAAGACAAAAAAAUCGAUUACAAGUAUAUAAUUGUUAUGUUGUUGUAAAGUCUAUCUAUCGAGCACACAAACUAUACAUAUAUAUUACAUAAUUUGCAUUUGUUUCCUUCAUUUGUGUAUACAUUUGUUUCUUUUUCUCUGAUUUUUUGUUUGUAUAAAAUUUAACACAAUCCAAGAUAUUACCUUAGAUUGAAUGUUAAACUGUACCGACGACAUCGGUCGUGCACGCUAGAGCUUCAAACUUUUCGCAAACUACUAUCGUGUUCACCAAUGUGUUUCAUUUAUUAGUCAUAGCGUUGAGAAAAUAUUACAAUUUAUGUAUUUCCUAAAGACAUAAUAUAACAUUGUACAUCUAAAAUACUACUCUUCCUCUCCUUCCUGUGUUUGUUUUUCCCCGUUCUGUUUUUGUUUUAUCCAUACAGUGUUGGACAAAAUAUUUGCAACCAAUUGUGGUUAUAAAAAUGUUCUUUAGAGGGCUAAUUUGAGAAAAAUGUAUGCAUAUAUUCAGAACAUGUUUGUUUCAUCAUAAAAUUGAUUAAUCGUGUAAAAAUGCAUCUUUGUAUAUUGGUCAUUGAUGGGAUGCUCCCUGCCUGUCACUGUCGAAGAUUUGGAACUUCGACAGUGACAGGCAGGGAGCAUCCCAUCAAUCUGUCUGAAAUCUUAUCACGUGUCUUACCUGGUCGGCUGUUGGACUCUCACUCCGGAGCUGGUGUAAUCUCUCAACACACAUCAAUAUGUUCGCAGAUAAUCGGGGUUCUACUGUACUUUACAGUUCAUUCGCCUCUAACUCGUAGAAGUUGUAGACGAGAUAAUAUGUUCGAUGUUUCAUGUGAUAAAAAACCAUCUUUUAUCUGCCCACUUCGAGUAUUCGUGGGUGUUCUUUUGGCCAAUGGAUGCAUACUUCUUGGUUCGUAAAAUUCCAGUACUCUAAUAAAAAAACAAAGUUCAGUAGUUUUUUCUACUUAAAGCUUUUCAACAUGGCGGAAAUUAUAUGGGUUGUCGGUUUGUAUCGUCAGCAUAUAUACGAGGGUCGUUCAAAAAUUAAGUUUCAGUGCCUCAGAAAUCGCGGAAAAAUAAAGUUAGGACAAAAAACAAGGUGAUUUGCGUAAUCUACGUUUUAUUUUCUAUUUGUCUACAUAAUCGCCGUAACCUUCGAGGCAUUUUUUAUAGCGUGGCACGAGUUUUUCUAUUCCGAGCGCGAAGUGCGUAGCGUCCAACUUUUUGAAGUACGAUGUAACUGCAUCACGAAUUGCUUCAGUGUUAUCGAAUUGUUGACCGCCGAACGCGGAUAAUCGGGGUUCUACUGUAGUAGUAGUAGUCCUUCGAAUCCCGUUCGAGGGAUCGAGUAUAAUCAAUCAGAUAAGCAGGAGGCCGCCUCUCCCUAUUUAUAGAACAAAUGGCACCGGAUUUUACCCAUUUUUUCGCAUCAGCAUUCAUCCCAGGCAUCACAAACGCAUACGAAGAAUGCUUCUCAUCUUUGCUUCUAGUGGGUGUCCUACACCCACGUUCAGUACUUUUUCAUGAAUUGUUGAAGGAAUAACAGCACAUCCCUUAUUCGCUAGGACCCCAUCGGCAAAUACAAUAUCGUCUACUGACUUGAAUUUCGUUGAACUUUUCGGCCAAUUUUGUGUUUUCAUGGCACGGAUUACAUCUGUCGGAGUAUUGCCCUGCUCUGUGUAUCCAUGGAUUUCCCACUCUUUGAGGAAUUCACUGUUAAACGGUUUUAGGUGAUGAAUUCUUCAUUGAAUGCGUCAUCAUACCCUCAAUAAAUCCGCUACGAAAAGUCCGUUGUAUAGUAAUGUAGUCAAUGUCAUAUUCGUACAAGCUGAGACGUAGAGCCCAUCCAUCGGCUCUUGUCAAAUCCCGUUUCGACUCCUCACUCGACCUACUGAAAAUGAAAUCCAUUGAGCAUCUGUCCGCAAGAUAAAACGCAUGCCUAACAAAAAGUAGGAGAAAAGCUUCACUGCUGCCACUAUCCUCAAAGCAUCCCGCUGGUUCUGGGCAUACUUCUUCUCGAUUACCGUUGACAACUUUGACGCAAAACUUAUAAUCCGCAAAAUUCCAUAUUUAUCCUCCUGAACUAACACGGUGCCUAAUGCAUUAGGUGGAAAAUCUGUAUAUAAUACAGUUAAAAUUGUCUGCUUCCGAAAAGAAUCCCAGACAUAUAGUAGAACCAAUGAUGUGUUGUUUCAUGAUCUCGAAAGCGCUUUCCUACUCUUUGUUCCAACUCCAUUUCUGUUUGUUGUGGUACAUCACCUUAACGGUUCUCUCAACUCGUUGGGUCCCCUCACGCACACAGCGCAUUUCCCUUACACUUUGAUGACGCGGUCCUCUCAACACGCAUUGUGUACUCUUCUCACGUACUCAUUUUUCUAAGAUUCUGUUAUGCGGUCCUCUCAAAACGCAUUUACAUUAUACGAAACAAAUCAAUCUUCGCGAUCCUCUCAACGCGCUUUGUGGGCUAUUCUCAUUUUGUUGUGCGGUCCUCUCAACACGCAUUUACGUAGUUCAUCACAGAUCAAUCUUUUUUUGCGGUCCUCUCGACACGCAUUUAAAUUGUUCUACUUCUUAAUUGGCACUAACGUUCCUAGCGGAACUUCGCCGUCUCAAGGAAGUAUUACUUGAGUCAUUUUUUACUAGUACUUGGUUGAGAUUUCCAUGCCAAAUAACACGCCUUGAAUUCAUUCUGAGUGGCAAGCUCUAGAAUACGCGUGGCCACUGUGCAAGACGGAGGAACUUUCUUUGACGAAAAAUUCCGACCAGAACGGGGAUCGAACACAAACCCCCGGCAUGUUAGGUGUGACGCUAACCGCUAGGCACGGUAGCACAAUUUAAAUUUUUUAAGACGGUCCUUUCAACGCGAUACUAUUUCGCUUUUUUUUGUUUACAAAAGGCACAUCUCAACGUGUCAUUUUUCUUGAAUUCCGUCGUGUAAAAAUGUGGAGAUCACACAAUCAGGGAUUUUCUUUCUUCUAGUACAUCCAAUAUAUGUGGUCAAGUUAAAUGCUACAAAUAACUUGCAGCAAAACCUGUCACGGUCACCAAAUGUGCAACAUCUAACUCUAUUGGGAAACUGGGAAACACAUCGGCAUAUGCAGUAUAUAAUUCACGAUGACAUACAGUAACUGUGUCGUGUUCCUCUGGCUUUCACCUUCGCCGCAUUUCUUGAACAACUGCCAAAAUACCUAUGCGUGCUGAUUCGAAUAGAGUUUCAAUGUUUCAUGUAUCGAGAUCCUGUUUAUUGUCCCUUUCCGUUCUUCUAAGUUCACACCAAUAGUUAGAGAUGAUCAGAUUAUUUGCGUAGUUGUAAAAAUACCAUUUCUCAAUAAUAUUCGUUUUCAGCGAUCUAGUUUGCAUUGACUUUUUGCAGUAGAUUUUAAUUGGUCUGUGUUAAAUCAGACCGGACAUAUGACAUUUUUAUGAUUUCGAGAAAAACGAGCUUGCUAUAAGGGAUUUUCGUUGAGCAUUCAAAACAAUUUUGAUACGUUAUUCCUGCUGCAGAUUUUCUAAAUCUGAUAAAUAUGGUAUGUACCUCAUGAAAUGCUUAACCUAAUGCAAUAAGUAACUCCAAUGUUGCGAUUUUGUCCCCUCUGACUUAACACAGUUCUACUUUCUGUUCUGUUCAAUCGAUCUCCGAAAGGAGAAAAUGCUCGAAUCUUUCACAAGAUUUUUUUCACGCGCUAAAGAGUUUAAAGUUUUGAUUUGGUUUAGUCUUUAUGUUGUUCUAAAGAGAAAACAAACAACGAAAUCGUGAAAUUCCCGUCUGGUGUUAUUUUCGUUGGAGGAAAUCGCAAUUCCUGCUGCGUUCUGUGAAAAGAGAAAAUGGUGAAUCCCGUACCCCGAAGUUGCCCUUGUCUACUGCCCAAUUUGAUCAACCCUUCCCCAACAUCGAUUUAUCCGUUCUGAAUUUAUUUGUGAGUUUUUAGUGGUAUUUUUGUUCAAAUUCCACUUAAAUGAAGAUUAAUUACGCUUUCUAUAGUUAGCUCCCAUAGCCCAACAAAAUGGGUUGAACCAUUGACGAUCAGCCAUCCGAAAUUAUCAAUGGAUUUGUUCUUCGAACAGCUGGUCGUUAAUGAGUAAAUAUCCGUUGCAAAUGUUUUGUCCAAUACUGUAUCUACUAAUUGAACCCUCUAAUCUUAACACAUCUUCUCUCAGAGCCAAUUCGUUCUUCAUUUAUACAACAACGAUAGAAAUAUCUUCCUUUACAUUCUUAACUGUUUUAAAGCAAAUUGAAAAAAAGAAUGUUGAUAUUAAUAUAAAUAAAUCACACUGAUCCCUUCGAACCGUGCGGCUGGAUUUCAAAACAAAGCGGGAUGCGACAGCAAAAAAUAAAUAUACAUUUCGUUACUGCUUCGAGCGUUUUCGAUUGACAACUAGUGUACUAGCGAUUCGAACUACUUAUCGAAAAUGUUCUCUACUAUUCGCAUUGUAUAGCACAACUUUCUAAACCAUUGUAUCAUACCAGGUAGAGAGAAAAAAUUCACGUCAAUUUCCGCUGCGUUUAUUGCUUGUAGAACGAGUGGCAACGUUUUCGGAUUCCAAAAGCCAAAAAAUUAGUGUACACCGAAUGGAUUCCUCUGGGCUUGCUGUUAGCUUUGUAGGUUUAUGUAAUAGAAUAUAGCAUCCCAUAGUUCCAACAAAACGAGAGGACCACAUCUCUCGUUCCAUUGGUUGAGUCCAUGAGGUGAUUGCGCAAAAUGCUUGGAAUAGAUAACUUGCCACCGCGUUGUAACAUCCCCUACUCGAAACUGUCUCGAAACAUGUAGAAUGCUAGAUCAAUUCCACGAUAAGUCGAUUUCACAACCUGAAACAAGAAAAAUAACUAAGAGAAACAAACCUAGUUGAAGAUACAAAAAUGUAUAUUUUUAUACUCCUUAUAUAUAUUGAGAAGCUAGGUAAAACAAUAUACAAAACAAAGAUAUUGAAUCAUAUUUUGAAGUCGUGUAGCAUUAGAAAUUGUACUCUUACCGAAAUGAAAUCAGUGAUGAUGCGCUAUCUGAUUCCAGAAUGUAAGCAAACCAUAUAUAUUUUCGCGCUCCUCCCACACAGAAUUUUUCUUUUCGUAUCAUUAACAUUUUCAGUCUACCACUCUACGAAGAGCAUAAACAGAACGUUACUAUCUAUUUCUAACUCACGUAAAUUAACAGCUAACACCAACAUCAUUCGGUAUUACGCGAGUAAAUGGGAGCCGGGAUCUUGGAUUAGAACGAAAAAGUUAACCUUUUAUAACAGUGUAUUUAAACGCAGUGGUAAUCAAUUAUUUUUAGAAAUCGGUGUAAAAUCAUAUACUCCGAAAUAAUGUCCGAGCACAGCGAAGUUUUCCGAACGGUGUGUGGAUGUGUAUUUUGUUUAAAGUAAUUACCGUUGUAAUCUUGAACACUAAAUUCAUUGCGGGUUAGCAAAAUUGUUUCUAAACAAAACGACACAUGUAAUCGUUUAAGAAUAAGAUGCGGUGUUUAAUUUCCGAUUUAUCUAAAAACCGAAAGUUAAAGAAUGUAAUACGAAACAUUUAGUGAAUAUGUACCGAAACAUCUGUAUUUCUCUGAUAAUUUGAAUAAAGAUAUAUGUAAGCCAA